AUGCUACUCACAGCUCACCCAUUACACAGCGAACUGGACCACACCACGAUAUACAACUAUCAGAACUACGCCGCGUCGGAGUUCAAGGCCAUUUCUCUGCUGGGCGCCCUCACCACGGCAGGCACAAUCAUCAGCGCCAUCCUCAAGCCUCCGAUCGCGAAGAUUUCCGACGUCGCCGGCCGAGCUGAGACUUACAUUGCCGUAGUUGUCUUCUACGUUGUGUCGUACGUGCUUUGUGCGUCGGCAAAUGGGUUCGGGCAAUAUGCUGGAGGCUUCAUUGUCUACUCCAUUGGUCAGACCGGCAUGCAGAUUCUGAACCAGAUCAUUGUGGCCGACAUCACAUCUUCGAGAUGGCGCGGUCUAGCGAAUGGUCUGGUCAACUUGCCUUUCAUGGUCACACCCUGGAUUUCCGCCUUCGUCGUCGAAGGGGCGCUGGCCACCAUUGGCUGGCGUUGGGGGAUAGGCAUGUUCGCCAUCAUCAUGCCGGUUUGCUCCGUUGCUGUCAUCGUUCCAUUGAUGUGGUUUCAACGGCGUGUCAAGAGGGCUGGGGGCCAAGUUCGAACCAAGACCACCCUCCUGGGACUGUCUACGCAGAUUGACCUUGGUGGGAUGGUGCUUCUCGGUGGUGGCUGUGCAAUGCUUCUGCUACCCAUCGCCCUUGCAGGCGAUACACCGGGCCACUGGAGCACGCCCUGGGUGCCGGUUCUGAUGGUCGUUGGUGCUUGCUUGCUCGUCGGCUUGGUUUACUACGAAUCGCGCAUAGCCAGAAAGCCGAUAAUUCCGCCACGGUUCGUCAAGAACAUCUCGCUGGUCCUCGCAUUCCUGAUUGGUUUGCUUGACGCAUUCGCUUACAGUAUCACGCAUACGUACAUGUACGCUUGGGCGACGGUGGUGCACAAUUUCUCUGCACGCGAUGCGACGUUUCUCACCUACACCGCCGGCUGCGUCCAGGUACUGACAGGACUGGCGACUGGGUUCCUGAUGUAUCGCAGCAGACGCUACAAAUGGCUCCUGUUGAUCGGUGUCAUCGUCCGCUUAAUCGGAUAUGGGUUGAUGAUGCGUCUUCGGGGCGCCAACAACUCGGUUGCCGAAAUUUUCAUGAUGCAAGUUGUCCAAGGAGCAGGCAGCGGAGCGGUUGGUACAGUGGUCAUCGUCGUCGCGCAGAUCGUCGUUCCGAAAGCAGAGCUGGCACAAGCUACAGCUUUGGAGCUCCUGUUCAUUUACCUGGGCAACAGUCUUGGAUCCUCUCUCGCAGGAACAAUUUAUACCAGCCUUUUCAAAAAGAGGCUCCGCUACUGGAUGGAUCCUGAUACACCACAAUCGACCAUUGAUAGUGUCUAUGAGACAAUUACAGGUGUGACGCAGGGGUCUGGAUCGAGUGAGAAAUAUGCUGUCAAUCAUGGAUAUUCGGAUAUUCUGCGAUAUAUGACCAUUGCUGCAUUAGUCGCUUCCACGGUGCCGAUGGUGGUGGUCUGGUUCUUGCCCAACUUGAGGCUGAAUGACAAUCACAACCUUGCAAAAGAGUUGGGAGAUUCAGACAGUAGACAAGAUGAACAGGAACAUGAGCGAGGAUGGUGGAAGAGACUACAACGUAGAGUGGCUUGGUGAUGGUUG